AUGUCGCACCUGCCCUCUCUAGCGGGUAUGACUUCUCUCAAAGGUUUCUUACCUACUUCGCCGACUAAGCAGUCGACCAAGCUAUCCUCUAUCACUGCCAACGGAACGAGCGCUAGCAGCGGAACGCGGGCAAUAUGGCAGCAUGGGGAUUUGGCCGAUGGGCGAGGCAAAAUUCCUCUACUCCUAGUCACUUCCAAAUCACAUAUUCUUCAAGUCUUCGCCAUUUACACCAACAAUAUCCCUGAUGAUCCCCACAUACCCGAAAUCUUUCCUUCCCCGGAGGAAAUUUGUUCUGUCCCUUCUAUCAAAUAUGACAAAUCCACUCGGAGAUCAAAGCUAGACGAGGUGGAAAUAGUACCCUCGAAGGAAGGGUCAGAACAGGUGUUGAGCAUGACAUUAUUGGAAAACAAUAGCGAAUUACUUGUUGCCCUUCUUAUUGCGAGUGAAACUUCAAGAAAGUUGUCGAAGAAAUCUUUAGCGUUAGUUAUUGUCAGCUUGAACACCGGAGUGGUUGUACGAAAAGUAGAGCUGGGUGUCGGGAUUGCUGCAACAGUGCAUUCGACAUCUCGUAUUAUCGCUGUAACCGUUGCUCAACCUAUACCUGCUAUUCACAUCUUAGACGCAAUUACCUAUCAACCUCUUCCCUUUUCUCCAAUCACCCAAAUUGCUAGUAAUUCACAUACCAAUCUGCCUAUCAUCUCCCUUUCAGGUCGCUUGCUGGCUUUCGCCACGUCUGAGUCACCUCGUGCGCCCGGUCCCGAUGGUUUAGGAUCUAUCGUCACCUCUACCAGCCUUCACGCCUCUCGAGCUUCUUCGUCCGAGCGAAGGCGCCCUUUAUCCAGCGGUCAAGACACUCAGGCCGCUAUACUAUCAUCAGCUGUAGAAAUCGGUGGUGGAGUAGCUAGGGGAGUCUGGGCGGGCAUAAAAAUGGGAGCUAAAGCUGCGAAUCGAGCACGGAAUACUCGAUUAGCAAAAAGUGCACCAACUGAUACUAGUGGUAUCUCAGCAGUCGAUGAGACGGAAGACUUAGAAUCUGAGAGCAGGAGUCUAGAUGAAUCUAGCGUUUUGGAAGAGAUGUCUCCUUCCUCGCCAAAUAUCCCUCAUAGCGAAUGGAUCAAAGUGGUAGAUCUCUUCCCUCGCCCUGCCAAUAAAGCAAGGUCAAGGCAAAGCAGGAGGCCUUCCUCCACUUCCAAAAGAACCGAGUCAAAGGCAUCGAAUCAAUAUUCUGUCGAUGAUGCCAUCGAAGGUUUUGAGACAAUUGCCCAUUUCCGCUUACCUUCUUCGUCCUCGUUACCAAUUGAUCCGACGUCACCUAAUCAAUCUCACCGAUUGUCCAAUAAUCGUUCUCACCCUAUUGCUCAUUUGUCCUUCUCGCCAAAUGGGACGCAACUGCUUGCUGCACAAGAUGAUGGAAAGUCCUUCCAUAUUGUCGAAUUUCAUCCUGCUGGCUUGGACAGAGGCAACGUUAAAGGGGAAGUGAAAGGUCAAGUUUGGCAUUUAUACGAACUUAGAAGAGGUCAUACGGCUGCAAUUGUGAAAGAAGUCAGGUGGGACGAAGAAGGUAAAUGGGUAGGUGUGGGAACCGGUAAAGGGACAGUUCAUGUAUUCCCCAUAACACCAUCAGGUGGACCUCCUUCAGCUUCCACCCAUGCGACAGACAAAUUCGUCAACCCAUCUCAACUACAUCCACUCUCAACCGUUAUAUCGCCAACCGCAAGACUACGGCCUCGUCUAUCGCCUCAUGAUACUGAUCCACUUGCAGCCCCUAACAAAGCACCGCCUUCAGAAGAAGCAGUAUUCAAUUUCCUUUCUUUGCGUCAACACCCUUUAUCCAGGAAAACGUUUUAUCAAGAUAUCUCAAUGUUCCGUCCAUCAUCUAAUACUCUAGAGCUUGCCCGAUUAUCAGUUCAUCCUAUGGAACAUGCCAACGCGACUGAGAAAGAAACUCGCUCAUUACAGAGAAGGGGUAGUGCUCUAACAGAAAUGAUGAGGAGUAAGGCGUUUGGAGAAGGGAGUGAUUUGGGUGUUGAAGCAAAUGUCAAAGCCGCUUGGAGCUUACCGGAUGGUGUGGACGAAGAGCUGUUAGUCGAUGGAACCUCCUUGGCUAUUCAUCAAUUAUCGCUUCAUGGAAGCGCCCAAUCGAAGAGUCUGGCUCAUGCCGAAAUCCGCACCCAUUGUAUCAGUUCCUCCAUACUACCAUCAUCGAUAUAUUUAUCACGUCAAUUAGAAUUUUUCGCAUCUCGACCCAUUGACGAAUAUUCUCCAUUAUCGAUCUUGGACCUUGAAGCUAGACAGAGAAAGUUAUUGUUCCGACAAGAGGUAGAAGCUUUUUCACCUGAGAUCAAAGCCUUCGAUGAACCGCUAUUAUCUGCGUUACAUUCCGUCAUGGAAGAGAAGCCAUCUACACAGCUACCUGGAUUGCCAAAUGGACCACCGUCGUCGAAGAGAUGGCCUGCGACAAUACCUAUCCAAUCAGUGGCCGCCGGACUGAACGAGAGUGUAGAUAGGGUAAGAAGGGAAUAUGUAAGAGCACAAUAUAUCAGAAAUAAACGAAGGGCAAAUGAGAAAGCUGGAUUGAGUUUAAGCUUUGAUGAAGACUCUAUUUCAAUCAAUAAUUCAUCUUUUUCAGGUAAGAACGAAGAUGAUGAUGGAGAACUUGAUUCAUCUUCUUCUCCAUAUUCGAACAUAUUACCUACAAAUUCAUCGACAUCCAAUACAACAUCAACAACUGAAUCAACCGAUGAUAUUGGUGCAAAUGGUGAUGGUGAAUUUGCAAACGAUGAUGUCGAGGUGGAUGAAGAAUGGAACACACAAAACUGGGAAGAAGAAUAUAAUAAAGCUGUUGAAAGUGACUCACCACAAGAAUUAGUCUUAGGUUUGAUGGACGAGGAGGAGGAAGAAAGAAGGAAAUGGCAGAUUAAAAGAGAAAAGCUGAAAAAAGAAUAUGCCAAAUAA